GCAGACCUUCAUCUGCUGGUCAGAGUCAGAGACCGGCUCUCCGCAUCGAGAGCAUCGAUCCAUCUUGCAGACGAAAGAAACACUGUUGUGGAGGAAGCCUCCCACCCCCUCUACUAGUUCUCUGCUAAAGCUAUGUUUAGGGUUUUAUCCAUGGAAGCCCCCAGCAAAUUGUAGUCGAUUUGUCCUCACUCACAAUCACGCCGCGAUGGGGUCCGAUUCGAGCUCGACAGAUUCAUUUGACGAUCCCAGAGACCAAAACCCUAACCCUAACCCUACCGCUGGUUCAAUUGAUCAGUCGCUCGAUGCCAUCGAACAUCAAUUAGACUCGAUCGCAUUGGCCCAAUACGACGACUCCGUAGCCCCCCGCGAGUCAGCGGAGGAAGCGGUGCUCAAGGACACCCCAAAUGGUUCGUUGUCGAACGAGGGCAAUCACCAGGAGAUCACGGCAGGUGAGGUUAGAGAGGGGGCUGGUGGGAAUUUAGCGUCUGAGUCGUCUGUGGAGGUUGAGGUUGUGGAGGCGGAGAUUGGCGGUGGUGUGUGGAGGAGGACCAAUUCGGAGGUCGACGUGCGGCAACCGUCGAGCCCGAGCAGCAGUGGAUACGCUGGUGAGAGGGGGAGCAGCGGCGUCACCAGCGCCUCCGAGAUUGAGGAGAUUGGAGAAGGUCGAACUCAUGAAGCUGGGAAUGGCGAUUCUGUUGGAGCUUCGAAUUCGCAAACGCCGUGGGUUCCAGGAAAGCGGCACGGGGAUGAAGAUGAUGAUUCUGUUUCAUGGAGGAAAAGGAAGAAGCACUUCUUUAUUUUGAGUCACUCUGGUAAACCAAUAUAUUCCAGAUAUGGAGAUGAGCACAAGUUGGCAGGAUUUUCAGCAACUUUGCAAGCAAUCAUUUCUUUUGUGGAGAAUGGGGGAGACCAUCUGAAAUCCGUAAAGGCUGGCAAACACCAGGUAGUUUUUCUAGUGAAAGGACCAAUUUAUUUGGUUUGCAUAAGCUGUACGGAGGAGCCUUACGAGUCAUUAAGGGGGCAACUGGAGCUUAUUUAUGGUCAGAUGAUACUUAUUCUCACAAAGUCUGUAAACAGAUGUUUCGAGAAGAAUCCAAAGUUUGACAUGACACCUUUGCUUGGAGGAACAGAUGAUGUCUUCUCUUCUCUCAUCCAUUCUUUCAGUUGGAACCCGGGCACUUUUCUUCAUGCAUAUACUUGUCUUCCCCUUGCUUACUCAACUAGGCAAACUGCAAGUGCCAUAUUGCAGGAUGUUGCUGAUUCAGGGGUCUUGUUUGCAAUAUUGAUGUGCAAACACAAGGUUGUGAGUCUUGUUGGCGCACAAAAAGAAUCUCUCCAUCCUGAUGAUAUACUGCUACUCUCCAAUUUUGUUAUGUCAUCUGAAUCAUUUAGGACAUCUGAAUCUUUCUCACCAAUUUGCCUGCCAAGAUAUAAUGCCGCGGCAUUCUUGUAUGCUUAUGUCCAUUAUCUUGAUGUUGAGACAUACCUAGUUUUGCUCACUACCAGCUCAGAUGCCUUUUUUCAUCUUAAAGAUUGCAGGAUUCGUAUCGAAAUGAUCCUUUUGAAGUCAAAUGUUCUCACUGAAGUUCAGAGGUCCAUGAUAGACGGCGGCAUGCUUGUUGAGGGUUUGCCUGUUGAUCCAUCCCCUCAUUUAGGUCAGCCUGGACUUUCAACUGAUUCACUUGAGAGAGUCGGCGAAGCGUUUGUUGGUAUUGGUGGUCCUGCUGGACUUUGGCAUUUCAUGUACCGGAGUAUUUUUCUGGACCAGUAUGUGUCUUCUGAAUUCUCAUCACCAAUCAACAGUUUGCAACAGCAGAAAAGAUUGUAUAGAGCCUAUCAAAAGCUUUAUGCUUCCAUGCAUGAUAAAGAAAUUGGGCCCCACAAAACUCAGUUUAGAAGAGAUGAGAACUAUGUUCUACUCUGCUGGGUCACCCAGGACUUCGAACUGUAUGCCGCAUUUGAUCCCCUGGCGGACAAGGGUCUGGCGAUAAAGGCAUGCAACCGGGUGUGCCAAUGGGUGAAGGACGUGGAAAAUGAGAUUUUCUUGUUGGGAGCUAGCCCUUUUUCAUGGUGAUUCUCCCGCCUAGUAUCUUUGUAACUCAGGACAUAUUCAAGUUUUGUUUUCUAAUUGAAGGCCUCCCUAUAUGCUGCCCCCCCAUGUAUUUUGCUUAGACAUUAUUCAUCUAUUUAUUUAAUUAUUUAAUUUGUUUC